GUAGGGUGGCCAGGGUGGUCCAUGGACCACCCUGGAAUUUGGCCCAUUAGUUUAGUACUUCUCUGAAAAAAUGAAACAUAUCCAGGCCCAAGUCAGGUCUCAGCCCAUGUACAUGCGAAGCGUUGGCUCCUUUCUUCCGUUUCCUGGUACGCGUACGCUGAUCGUCGUCUCGUCUACUCGUCUCCUUUUCCUCUGGACUGAAACCCUAGCGGCUAUCGUCAAUUCGUCAUCGCCCAGCGCAACUGCGCAACAGCGCAAGGCCGGCACUCCGGCUGUCCGGCAGGGCACCCGCCGACGGCGACGGCCAAGCGGCCAGCGAAGGACGCCCGUCCCGGCGGCCGGCGAGGCGAGGAAGGAACUGCGCACCUACGCACGCAUAGAACUGUUGCAAAAAUGAAGCGGACAGGAGACAUUGCAUCGCUUUUUUUGAGAUAUGGAUCCAAGAAGAAGGUAGCUGCUCCUUUUUCACCUCCUUCUCCGGCACCGGUAGCGCCCGCAGGGGAACAACAAACCUUAGAAUCAGUGCAAGAGAGAGUAAAUGAAGAAAUUGUGGAUUCAUCACCACCAGCGCCAUCGCCGCCACCGCCGCCGUCGCCGCCACCACCAUCUGUUUAUGAUAUUAGUCGCCUUCCACAUGAUCCGGGGGAUAGACUGCCCAUUGCGUCUUAUCCUGUCAAUGAUCAAGAUGCCGUUCGACGAGCAUAUAUCCUCAAGCGUCCGUUCCAACCAUAUGCACAUCAAUUUGAAAGCAGAAAUAUUGGAGGCAGAGAUCGGCAAUUCAAUCCUCUCUGGUUUCAUAAACAUCAUUGGCUUGAAUAUAGUAUUAGCAAGAAAGCUGGAUUCUGCUUUGUGUGCUACUUGUUCAAAGAUAAAAAAACCAGUGGCAAUAGAACCAAUGCAUUUACUGAAGAUGGUUGGAGAACUUGGAAUAGAGAGGAUGCGCUUGUAAAGCAUGAAGGUGGUGUAGCAAGUGUGCACCAGGCAGCUCAAGAGAGAUACAACUUAUUUGUUAGCCCCCGUGCUUCUCAAAUUGAUAAUAUUAUGGUGAAGGGGAAUAAUGAGGAUCUACGUCUUUACAAGAUCCGAUUGACUUAUUCACUUAGAUGUUUGAGGUUUCUUUUGCAUCAAGGAUUGGCCUUCCGUGGACACAGAGAAAAUGAAGAGUCUAGCAACAGAGGUAACUUCAUUGAGCUUUUGAAAUGGCUUGCAACAAAUAGUGAAGAGGUGAAUAAGUAUGUUUUGAAUAAUGCUCCACGUAAUUGCAAAUUGACUUCCCCUGGUAUACAACAACAAAUUAUCCAAUGUUGUGCAAUAGAAACUAGAAAGAAAAUUAUUGAAGAACUCGGCGAUGAUCACUAUGCUAUUCUAGCGGAUGAAUCUAGCGAUGUAUCACACAAAGAACAAUUGGCUCUGUGCUUGCGUUUUGUUGAUAAACUAGGAAGGCCAUGUGAGCACUUUCUUGGAGUUGUUCAUGUAGGUGAUACUACUUCACUGUCACUUAAGGAAGCAAUUGAAGAUUUACUUGUGGAUAAGCAUUUAACCAUGAGUCAAAUUCGUGGGCAAGGUUACGACGGGGCUAGCAAUAUGAAAGGGGAGAUUAAAGGUCUAAAAACAUUGAUCAUGAGAGAGUCACCUUCUGCUUAUUAUGUCCAUUGUUUUGCUCAUCAACUCCAACUAGUUCUUGUUGCUGUUGCCAAGGGAAAUGAUGAUUGUGUGUGGUUUUUCGAUCGAGUGUCUUUAUUGCUGAAUAUUGUUGGUGUUUCUUGUAAGCGUCAUGACAUGCUUCGAAAUGUUAGACUUCACAAUAUCAUGAAGGCAAUUGAAUGUGGUGAACUGGAAACUGGGACUGGAUUAAAUCAAGAGAUGGGCUUGCCUAGGCCGGGUGAAACUCGGUGGGGCUCUCAUUAUAGAACUGUUCGCAACAUUAUUGAUAUGUAUGCUGAAAUUCGUGAUGUGCUCAUCUCUCUUGGUAAAGAUACUUCACAAAGGGCUGAAUGGCCGAAAAUACAUAGUAUUGUUGGAGUGUUUGAGUCAUUUGACUUUGUUUUCAAUGCACACUUGAUGUUUCUCAUUCUUGGAUAUACAAAUGAUUUGUCCGAGUGUUUGCAAAGAAGAGACCAAGAUAUUCUUACUGCAAUGUCACUUGUUAGAUUGGCAAAAAGUAGGAUGCAAGAACUGAGGUCUAAUGGGUGGGAUGCAUUCCUUGAAAAGGUCACUUCCUUUUGCAACAAACAUGGCAUUGAAGUUCCUGUAAUGGAGAAUAAUUAUGUCCCUUAUGGAAGAUCAACACGGUUUGUACAACCUCAAACAAAUGCAGACCACUUUAGAAGGGAAAUUUAUAUUGGGAUUAUUGAUAAAAUCAGUCAAGAGCUCGACAAUCGGUUUGAUGAGGUCAAUAUGGAGUUGCUUUCUUGUAUGUCGGCCUUGAAUCCCGCCAACUCAUUUGCUGCUUUUGAUGCACAAAAGGUACGUAGACUUGCUGAGUUCUACCCCAAUGAUUUUUCAAGCUCUGACUUGAUGCACCUUGAAAUGCAACUUGAUAACUAUAUUGAUGACAUGAGAAAAGAUGACAACUUCAAAGGCCUAGAAAAUCUUGUUGAUCUCUCAGUUAAGCUUGUUCAAACAAGAAGGCAUAUAGUUCAUAAUUUGGUGUACUUGCUUCUAAAAUUGGUAUUGCUUCUACCGGUGGCAACAGCAAGUGUUGAAAGAGCAUUUUCUGCAAUGAGUGUGGUCAAAAACAAGUUAAGAAACAAGAUGGGUGAUAGUCUUUUGGAUGAUUGCCUAGUCACAUACAUCGAACGAGAUGCUUUCUCCAAAGUGACCGAAGAUAAUAUAAUUGAGACUUUCAUGGUCUUGAGAAGGCGGUAUACCGACAAAUAAGGUGUGUCAUAUUUUAUGCAAAUGUAAGACUUGAACAUGAAUUUUAAUAUGCUUUGCAAGACCUUAUUGAUAUGUGCUUUGGAUAUAUUCUGUGUGCAUAUGUUGGUUUGUUAAAUUUGUGGUGUAAAUUUUAUUUUGUGCCAAUUGGACCACCCUGACAUAAAAUCCUGGCUAC